UCUUCCUUUACCUCCGCACCUUUUCAAAAGGACAUCUAUGCAUAUAGAUCGAACGACUCACAACUGAGUACAAGUCCAGCCGAUUACACAGACAGCUACAGCAUACUCUGAAACCCUGCAGCUAGCUUUUGAAUCGAGCUCUCUUUGUUCAUGGGAAUUUCGGUGCUUAAUUCGCAGCCCGACUCCAAACAAGUAAUGGAUAAUACUCAAGCAACUACAUCUGCAGGAACCAAAAUCGAAAGGAGGGUUAUUGAGAAGAACAGGAGAAACUACAUGAAAAACCUCUACUCCCAACUCAACUCUCUCCUCCCAAACCAGAAUACCAACAAGGAACCACCGAGUCUUCCUGAACAAAUAGAUGAAGCCAUUAACUACAUCAAAACCAUGGAGUCAAAUCUGCAGAAAUACAAGCAGAAAAGGGACAAGCUAAAGUUUGAUAGGAAAAGAUCGUAUGAAUUAUGCAGCAGCAGCAGCAGCUGCACCACCUUUGAGACCGGAUCAGGUGCUCCUGCAAAAUCGCCGCAAAUUCAAAUUCAUUGGAAUGGUUCCACCCUAGAGCUUGUUUUGACUACUGGACUACAUAAUCAGUUCAUCUUCUACGAUAUAAUUCGCAUGCUUGAUCAAGAACAAGCAGAUGUUGUACAUGCUAGCUUUUCGGCUUCCGGAGACUCUAUACUUCACUUAGUACGUGCAGAGAUGGGCAACUUGAUGUUAGAUUUUGGGGCUGCAAGAAUAACUGACAAGCUGAACAGAAUUGUCUAUGGAUCCACAAGCGAUGAAGAACGACAGCAUGAUGAACAAGAUUACUUAUGGGACUUUCAAAUCCAACCUCAGUUGUGGGAUUUUUUAUCUGAGUAAGACAGCGUACUAUUGAUCGAUCGAUAUCAAUCAUAUCACACUAGUGAUCAGUAAUUCACUUUGGGUGUCCAAAAAUUAGAAAUUAACUAUAUUGGGCAGUUAUAACCUAUGUGAGGAUCAAGCUUUAAAUUUAAUUUUAUGUGUUCUCAAAGGAGCGUUCUCAAAUAUC